UAAGGAUUAAGUAAUCCAAGUAUCCAACCACCAUUCCAGAAACACAUCAUUCUACAGCGUACCCGCCGCUAACCCCAAUAUGAAUAUUCUGAGACCCGUAAGUUCCCCAACCAAACAACAAUUACGGAAAUAAUUCGAAAUUCUUCCACGGCUUUCCCACCGUCUUUCUUGCGUCCCCUCGUUCCAUAUGUAUACCUCUCCUUACCCAUUAUUCAAAUUCAUUAUAGUCCGUUCUGAAAUUUCUAUCUUCUUGUUCUUUCUCACUCUCAAUCGAUCAUAAUCGAGAAGCUAUUUCAAUUUCAAUUGCAAUUUUAAUUUCACUCUUGUUCUUCAUUCUCCGCUCCAUCAGAACAAGAACCAGAGAUGUCUUCCGAAUCUACACCGCCCUCUCAAGAAGCGCGCAGAACACGAAUCGUACUCGUCCCUUUGAUUUUAGGAUUCGCCACCGCUGCUCCAUCACAAGACCACCGUCAACAACAACAACAACGAGCAGGCCAAAACACCGUCGCUCAAGAAAAUAUUAUGUUUAUAAGCCCGUCGACAAACUUGACUACGAUGAUCAACGGUCUUGGAGAAUUCUUGGAACCGUUAUUUCAUGAUUUGGCAAAUAAGGAUGGUCCUUUGCCAGCGUCGAAGGCUUCGAUAGAGGCGAUGCCGGUGGUGAAGAUGAUGGAAGAAGGGGCAGAGUGUACAAUAUGUUUGACGGAGUAUGAGGUCGGUGGGGAGGCUAAAGAGAUGCCGUGUAAGCAUAGGUAUCAUUCGGGUUGUAUUGAGAAGUGGUUGGGGAUCCACGGGUCGUGCCCGGUUUGCAGGUAUGAGAUGCCUGUGGAGAGUAACACGAAAGGCGGUGAUGUUGAUGAGGAGGGUAGGAGAAGCGUGGGAGAUAUUGAAGUUCAUAUGUACUUCGAGCAUUUUGGAACUAGGGAGGACACGCAUUCAGAUUCAAAUUCGGGUCAGAGAAGUGAGUCGGGUGAUAGUAUGGAGGUUGACAACUAUUGAUAUUUGAUAGUGUUUUAUUUUCUUUAAUGAUAUUUAUUUUCCCAUUUGCUGUUUUGGAAGAUUAAUUGUUUUGCUUGUUAGUUAAUGACGUUU